AUGGUCCGGACCAGAUCAGGAACUGCACAGCUUGUACAGUUUGAUCCAGAACCAGAGCGCACUCUGCACAGACAGCGAAGAGAAGUUAAUUGGGCCUGUGACUGUUCACUGCAGGGCACUUUUCUGCAGAAUUUGUUUGUAGACGAGGGUAACAUGGCGUUAGAAUUACCUGCAGCAGGCAGACCACUCAGAGAGUCAUUGGCAGCUCGUGCCACUGAUGUUCCUAAUUGCAUAGUCUAUCCGACCCAGGAAGAGGGUGAUUCGUUCGAGAUCAAGCACCAUAUGCUUGAGAUUUUACCAACAUUCCGUGGGCUGCCUAAUGAAGAUGCGAACAUACAUAUUGCAAAAUUUGUUGUGGGUUGCAAGAAUAUUUUGAUUAGGGGUUUUUCUGCUGAAGCUAUCAAGUUACGUCUUUUUCCUUUCACCUUGAAGGACAAGGCAGAAACUUGGUUAUUUACUCUACCAGCUAAUAGCAUUACUACUUGGCAGCAGUUACACACAAAAUUCCUGAACAAAUAUUAUCCAGCAUCCAAGACAUUGAAUUACAAGAGGGAGAUUUUGACAUUCACACAGAAGCCUAAUGAAGAGUUUCAUGAAGCAUGGGAAAGAUAUACAGAGAUGUACAUAAAGUGUCCACAUGUUAAUAUUGAUUCAGAUACACAGAUGAAUAUUUUCUUUGAUGGGCUUAAUCCGACAUCUAAGAGUCAUGUGAAUGCAUCAGCUGGAGGAUCGUUGUCAAAUAAAUCUGCAAGAGAAGCAUUUGAAUUAUUUGAUAUGAUGGCUACAGAAUCUCAACAAUGGGCAGCAGAACAUUCACAGAAAAGGGGAAUUUUUGAGUUAUCAGCAGGAUCUCCUAACAUGUCUGCACAAAUGGCACAAAUGGAGAAGAAAAUUGAUGCAAAGUUUGACAUUAUUCUACAACAGAUGGCAAGUUCUACACAGCAGCCACCUGCAACAACAGUUUGCACUAUCUGCAGCAUGGUUACACACGACAUAAUGGGCUGCCCACACAAAGACUCCUACCCAGAGCUUGUUGAACAACAUGUCAAUAUGAUGAACAGCUAUCAAAGGCCUAGGAAUGAUGCAUAUGCCAAUCAUUACAAUCCAGGAUGGAAGGAUCAUCCUAAUUUCAAAUGGGGUGACAAUCAGAAUAAUGCAAAACCAUUCCAGCAUGCCCAAAAACCUUUUGUUCCCUCCAAACCAUCUCUGGAUGAUCAACUAGCUAAAUUGGCAGCAACAACUCAAUCAUUCAUCGAGGGUAACAAUCAAAGAUUUCAAAAUGUUGAAGCAUCAAUUAAAAAUUUGGAGCAACAAUUUGGCCAGCUAGCUGCACAGAUUUCAGACAGAGACAAGGGCAAAUUUCCUAGUCAAACGAUUCCUAAUCCAAAUGGACGUGAAGAUUGCAAUGUUGUUCGGACUUUACGUUGUGGAAAAAGUUAUGACAAUCGUGAAAAUAGCAUUGAACAGGAGCAGCAAGCAGUGGAGGAUAAUAUAGAAAAUUUUGCAGCAGCAGAACCUACCAAAAUUGCAGAAAAACAUAAACGGGCAGAUCCAGAAACUGUUCCAAAACAAGUUCCUGAGCGUGUUUAUGAGGCCCCAAUUCCAUAUCCAGAACGUUUGAAGCCAAAAGCAAAAGAUCAACAACUCAAGGACUUUAUGCAGACAUUAUCCAAGGUUCAAAUCAACAUUCCGUUACUGGAUGCGAUCAAGAAAAUUCCAUCAUAUGCCAAAUUUUUGAAGGAAGUUUGCAGCAGCAAAAAGAAGCUUUCAGAUUUGGAAAAAGUCAUUUUGACAGAACAGUGCAGUGCAGUUUUGCUACACAAAUUGCCACCUAAGAAAAAAGAUCCAGGGAGUUUUAAUAUUUCUUGCACUAUUGGAAAUUCUAAUUUUAAAAGUGCUUUAAUUGAUUUGGGUGCAAGUAUUAAUUUGAUGCCUUUUUCUGUUUUCCAGCGAUUGGGGCAAGGAGAUUUAAAGCCUACAUCAAUGAUACUUCAACUAGCUGACCGUUCAAUUACUUAUCCAAGAGGUGUUAUUGAAGAUUUAAUUAUAAAGGUUGAUAAUCUUUAUCUACCAGCAGAUUUUGUGGUUCUAGACAUGGAUGAAGACCUUCAAACACCUAUUAUUUUGGGGAGGCCGUUUAUGGCCACUGCUAGGACUUUAAUUGAUGUGGAAGCUGGAACAUUGACUUUACGGGUUCAAGACCAAUCUGUGGUAUUUAAUCUGUUUGAGACUGCAAAACAGCCUACAGAACAGCAAGAUUGCAUGCGCAUUGACAUGGUAGACAGUAUGGUUCAAGACAGAUUUUAUGGCAGCUCAAAAACAGAUCAGUUGCUACAUGUUUUACAAGGGGAACUUGGGGCAUAUUCUGAAGAUGAAGGUGUUCUUGAGUACAUUCACGCAUUGAACGGUCUGCCAACAGUAUUGCCAAAGUUUAGACAUGUUUACGAGAGUUUAGGGGAACCUAAACAGCCCCUUAACCCGUCCAGACAACAGCCACCAAAACUGGAGCUGAAGCCUUUGCCAGAACAUCUGAAAUAUGCAUAUUUAGGAGCUGCAGAGACGCUGCCAGUUAUAAUUGCAGCAGAUUUAACACAUACAGAGGAAGAUAAAUUGCUUCGUGUGUUGAGAAAAUAUCAAGAUGCAUUGGGAUGGACAAUUGCGGACAUCAAGGGAAUCAGCCCAGCACUAUGUAUGCACAGAAUCUUAAUGGAAGACGACGUGAAGCCAACAGUUGAUGCUCAACGCCGCCUUAACCCAAUUAUGAAAGAGGUGGUCAGAUCAGAGGUUAUGAAAUUACUUGAUGCAGGUAUGAUUUAUCCUAUUUCUGACAGUAAAUGGGUUAGCCCGACUCAAGUUGUGCCUAAGCGGACCGGUAUUACAGUGGUGAAAAAUGAUAAUAAUGAGUUAGUUCCUACACGAUUGACUACGGGAUGGAGAAUGUGUGUAGAUUAUCGGAAGCUUAACACAGGGACAAGAAAAGACCAUUUUCCUUUACCCUUCAUUGACCAGAUGUUGGAAAGGUUAGCUGGGCGUGCUUUUUAUUGUUUUCUUGAUGGUUAUUCUGGGUAUAAUCAGAUUCCAAUUGCACCGGAGGAUCAAGAGAAAACCACUUUCACUUGUCCAUUUGGUACUUAUGCUUAUAGGAGGAUGCCGUUUGGAUUAUGCAAUGCACCUGCUACGUUUCAACGUUGUAUGAUGAGUAUUUUUUCUGGCUUGGUCGAAAAUAUUGUGGAAGUUUUUAUGGAUGAUUUUUCUGUUUUUGGGGAUUCAUAUGAUCAGUGUUUACAGAAUUUAUCAUUAGUUCUUGAGAGAUGCCAAGAGACACAUUUAGUGCUAAACUGGGAGAAGUGUCAUUUCAUGGUGAAACAAGGAAUUGUCUUGGGUCAUUCAAUUUCUAAUAGAGGCAUUGAGGUUGACAAAGCAAAGAUUGAAAUUAUUGCAAAGCUGCCACCCCCUACAUCAGUCAAAGGUGUGAGAUCUUUCUUAGGACAUGCAGGUUUUUAUCGUCGGUUCAUCAAGGAUUUCUCCAAGAUUAGCCAACCUUUGUGCAAUUUAUUGACUAAGGAUGCAUCAUUUACUUUCGAUGAGGCCUGUUUAGAAGCAUUCAACAAGUUGAAAUCACUCCUAACUUCGGCACCCAUCAUUGCUGCACCAAAUUGGGAUUUGCCAUUUGAACUAAUGUGUGAUGCAUCGGAUUAUGCUGUUGGGGCAGUUUUAGGGCAGCGAAAAGAUAAGCUUCCCCAUGUCAUUUAUUAUGCAAGUCGUACUCUCAAUGAUGCACAGCUUAACUAUGCAACUACAGAGAAGGAAUUGUUGGCUGUUGUGUUCGCACUAGAGAAAUUUCGGUCUUAUUUGGUUGGGGCUAAAGGUGUGGUGCAUCCAGAUUUUUCCUACCAGCAGAAAAAGAAGUUUUUAUCUGAUGUGAAGCAUUAUUUCUGGGAUGAACCCUAUUUAUACAAGUAUUGUGUAGACCAGAUUAUUCGCAGGUGUAUUCCAGAGGCUGAACAAGACAGUGUUUUGACAUUCGCACAUCAGCAUGCUUGUGGUGGUCAUUUUGGGGGAAAACGGACAGCAGCUAAAAUAUUACAAAGUGGGUUGUAUUGGCCUACUAUUUUUAAAGAUGCUCAUGUUUGGUGCCAGGCUUGUGACAGAUGUCAACGUGUGGGAAAUCAGUCAAAGCGGAAUGAAAUGCCACAGCAAAGUAUUUUAGUUGUUGAAUUAUUCGAUAUUUGGGGCAUUGACUUUAUGGGACCAUUCCCAUCAUCCAAUGGCAAUCAGUACAUAUUGGUGGUUGUUGAAUAUGUUUCUAAGUGGGUCGAGGCUGUUGCAGCACCAACAAAUCAAGGAUCUGUGGUACUGAAAUUCCUCCAAGGCACUAUUUUUCCACGUUUCGGGACACCUAGAGCGAUUAUCAGUGAUGGGGGAAAGCACUUUUUAAAUAAACAGUUUGCUGCACUACUCACUAAAUAUGGGAUAAGUCAUCGGGUGGCCACUGCAUACCAUCCUCAAACUUCUGGGCAAGUUGAAAUUUCUAAUAGGGAAAUUAAGCGCAUCUUAGAGAAAACAGUCAAUGCCAGCCGCAAAGACUGGAGUGUUAAGUUGAAUGAUGCUUUAUGGGCCUACAGAACAGCGUAUAAAACGCCAAUUGGAAUGUCCCCCUUUCGGCUUGUUUAUGGUAAAGCAUGUCAUCUACCUAUGGAGCUUGAACACAAGGCUUACUGGGCAAUUAAGGAGCUUAAUUAUGCCUAUGAUGCAGCUGGAGAAAAAAGAAAAUUACAGUUGCACGAGUUGGAAGAACUCCGGAAUGACGCAUAUGAAAGUUCAAAGAUAUACAAAGAGAAAACAAAAGCAUUCCAUGACAGCAAAAUUCUCCGAAAACAAUUUCAGCCAGGGCAGAAGGUUCUAUUUUUCAAUUCAAGGUUGAAGUUAUUCCCUGGAAAAUUAAAAUCUAGGUGGCAGGGUCCCUACAAUGUUACUAAAGUCUAUCCACACGGCGCUGUGGAUAUUAAAAAUGGGAAGACCGGUUUCGAGUUUAAAGUCAAUGGUCAUAGACUCAAACACUACUUGGAGGCGCCGUUUGACAAUGCAACCGAGUCGGUGACUCUGAAGGAACCGGUGAUUUGA